AGCAACACAACUGUCGAAUUUCCGGAUGAAGUAAAAAACAAAAAAUUGAAAAGCGAGUAUAAAAUAAAAUACACUCAAGGUACAGUUACGACCAAGUGCUUGCGCAUAAUUACAGAUGACGAGGCGUCGGUUUGCCAGUGGAGGAGAUGGUAUUCGACUUAUGGUCGCCGAUCGCCAGGUCGUUGGUCAUGGAAUCAAUGGGCGACCCAUAUACUUCGAUAGUCCGGACUGCCCUUUUCCGGCUAUUCGAUAUCGGGAGGUUAGCCCAGAGUUGUGUGCCCUACGUGAAAAGGAGUUGGACGACUGGAAGAAGCUGUCGCUGGAUGAAAAGAAGCAAUUAUACCGAUAUAGCUUCUGCCAAACAUAUGCAGAAUUCCAGCACAUUACACCCGAAUGGAAGAUGUGUCUGGGCGUCGCUUUGUGGCUUGUGUCAAUCGGAAUCGCGAUAUCGAUAACUAUGAAGACCGUUCUCUAUGGAAAACUGCCGGAUACGUUUAACGAUGAGCGCCAGUCGGCCCAAUUGCGGCGCAUCAUCCAGCUGCAAAUGAACCCAAUAACUGGACUAGCGUCCAAAUGGUGCUACCGAGAGAACAAGUGGAAGUAGCACAUCAACACGAUGAUUUUCCGUAAACUAUGUACAGAAACGUAACUAGCAAAAUACAAUUCAACAGC